GGUGCGGCUAGAGCGUCCGUCCCAACUCGUAUGCUCGGCGGCCUUGGCAGCUAGAGCGUCCUCCCCAACUCGUAUGCUUGGCGGCCCGGACAGCUAGAGCGUCCCUCUCAGCUCAUAUGCUCGGCGGCCCUGGCGGCUAGAGCGUCCUCCCCAGCGCGUAUGCUCGGCGGCCCUGGCGGCUAGAGCGUCCUCCCCAGCGCGUGUACUCGGCUGCUCUGGCAGCUAGAGCGUCCCUCCUCCAGGGAGCCUCGUGUGACCUUCCCGCCGGUGGAGCGAUGCUGCCGGCGGCUGCUCGCCCCCUAUGGGGGCCGUGUCUAGGGCUUAGGGGCACCGCGCUCCGCUUCGCCAGGCAACAGGUGCCGCGCGUCAGCGCCGUGCGGCUGAUGCGAUGCAGCAGCCAUCGGAGGGGAGAGGCCCUCGCCGGUGCACCCCUAGAUAACGCCCCCAAGGAGUACCCCCCCAAGAUCCAGCAGCUGGUCCAGGACAUUGCCAGCCUCACGCUCCUGGAGAUCUCAGACCUCAAUGAGCUCCUGAAGAAAACGCUCAAGAUCCAGGAGGUGGGGCUCAUGCCCAUGGGGGGCGCGAUGCCCGCUGCUGCCCCUGCCGCCGCAGCCCCCGAGGUGAGCCAGGCGCUGGCCUCCGCAGAGACCCGUUUCUCUGGUGCCAGGUCCCAGCUUCCCUCGCGUCCUGAAUUCUCUCUUUGCCCCUCAUCUCUGUCCCGCGCCAGUCAACACAGCCCGCACAUCUGUGUGCUUCCAGCUGAGGCUCUGGUCAGCCUCCCUGGGGCCGAGGACGGGCAGGGCCCUGCCCACUGGGGACCUGUGUCCAGUGGGGACUGUGUUUCCAGGGGAGGGAAACAAUGAGCCGAUGGAAGGGAAAGGACAGGAAGAGGUUGUGUUGAA